AUGCCUCCAGUAAGGUGCAACUUCGCCUCAGCACUCUAUGACCGUAUGGUGCCUCUGGCGGUCGGCGAGGUGCAGCCAGCAGGGCUGUCGGUGAAUUUUAUCGACGUCCAUCAUCCGCGUGACAUCUUCGACCGGAUGAUAGCAAACCAGGAAUUCGAUGCAUCGGAAUUGUCUAGUUCGGAAUACAUCACCCGCCAUGUCGCAGGGGACCGUACUUUCAUUGCUCUACCGGUCUUCCCUUCUCGGGUUUUCCGGCACAGUUUCAUCGUUGUGAACAAAGACAAGAUCAAGGAACCGAAAGAUCUCAAUGGUAAGAGGGUCGGUGUGCAGUUAUACACGAUGACUGCUGCUGUCUUCAUCCGAGGUCUCCUUCAACAUGAAUACGGCGUUGAUAUCUCAUCCAUUGAGUGGGUGGAAGGCAAAAUGGAGGGACCGGGCUCCCACGGCAAACCGUCUGCCUUGAAGCCCCUAAAGCCGAUCAGGAUCACGCAGAACACCAAUCCCACCAAAUCUCUCUCCGAUCUCCUCGAGUCAGGCGAGAUUGACGCUACAAUUGGGGCUGAUAUCCCAGCCUGCCUCGGCAAGGCACCGCACAUCGAUCGUCUCUUCCCGGAUUUCAAGAAAGUGGAAAUGGAGUACUACAAGCGGACAGGCAUUUUCCCGAUCAUGCAUCUAGUGGCCAUGCGUCGAGAUUACUACGAGCAGAAUAAGUUUGCGGCAUCAGCCUUGUACAACGCCCUGAACGAUAGCAAGGAGCUGGCCAGAAAGCGGAUGGAGAGUACGGGCGCGCUCAGAUACAUGCUUCCGUGGCUCCCUCAAGAGCUCGAUGAGAUCCAUGAGGUGUUUGGGGAGGAUUGUUGGCCGUAUGGCAUCGAGGAAAACCGGAAGACCCUAGAAGCUUUGGUGCAGUAUCUGUAUGACCAGUCGAUGAUUGAGAGGAAGGUGCCUAUUGAGGAACUCUUUGCCCCAGUGAGGAAGAUCAAUUUCAGGAUAGGAUGA